AGUCAGUCCAGAGUAAUCCAAGUUUCUCACUCUUAAUCCAUCAUAUAUCCGUGCAUAGAACAGUCGCAGCUAGCAAGCUUAUCUUUAUACACUGUUUCGUUAAAAUUCUCAGCCUUUGCUUGUGAUUUUGUUUCCGCUUGUUAACCUUGAAAAUGGCACUUUUCCAAAACAAAUACGGAGCAGCCCAAACUGACGCGUAUGAUAACGUACCUAGCACAGACGAAUACGGCAACGCUAUCCGCAGAGACGAAAACGGCAACAUUAUGGCCGGCACAGACGAAUACGGCAAAGUUAUCCGCACAGACGAAUCCGGCUACGUGAUUCCUACGGAUGACUAUGGCAACCCAAUCCGCCACAGUGGCUCUACUUUCCAAGGUAUGCAGCGGCAGGAGCAGCAGCGGCAGCGUCAUGACCUGUCCACCGAGUACGAUGGGCAAGGCCGCGGGAGAAGGAACAUGGCGGGAGAAGCAGCCCAUAGCACAGAUGCAUACGGCAACGUUAUCCGCACUGACGAAUACGGCAACGUGAGUCCUACGGAUGAGUAUGGCAACCGAAUCCGCCACAGCGGCACCACUCUCCAAGGUGUGCAUCAGCAGCGGCGUCAUGACCUUUCCACCGAGUACGAUGGGCAAGGCCGCGGGAGAAGGAACAUGGCGGGAGAAGCAGCCAAUAGCACAGAUGCAUACGGCAACGUUAUCCGCACAGACGAAUACGGCAACGUGAUUCCUACGGAUGAGUAUGGCAACCGAAUCAGCAUUUCUGGAGUUGGACACAAGGACCAUAGAAGUGAUACAUCAUAUGCAACUGCGACGACUUAUCCCACGACCGCCGGUUACGGUACUGGGGAACAGCCGCAGCAUCGUCAUCAUCAGGGUGUGAUGGAAAAGAUCAAAGAUAAGCUUUCUGGUACUUCUUAUGAUCAGCAUGACGAGUACUACUAGUUGUCUGUCACACAUCGUCUGAACUAUAGAGACAAGAUAAGAGGCAUAGUUGAGAAGAGGAAAGUAGAUAGUUGAGAAGAGGAAAGUAGGAGUGUUGUGUCAGAUGGGGAUGGGCUGGUCGUGUGGGCUUUUGGCCAGAAAAGAAUAAAGGGUAUCAGUUGAGUUAGUUGAGAAGAGGAAAGUAGAAGUGUUGUGUCAGAAGGGGAUGGGCUGGUCGUGUGGGCUUUUGGCCAGAAAAGAAUAAAGGGUAUCAGUUGAGUUAAUGGAUUAGGGGGUGUUUUAUGGCUCUGCGAGUCUAUUAAGAAUAGUCUUUCAUUUACUGUUAAGGGAGGAUUAUUUGUUUUAGUUCAUUUUCUUUUUUGUUAGUAGUGGAACGAUAUAUUACUGUAGCAUCGAGAGUGAUGGUUAUGCAUGAAUUUACAAGAAUUUUUCUCUCUUUUUACUGUUCUUUUCUCUUUUCUCUCUAAUAUUUUUGAGGAUCCUCCUAUCGAAAUAGGCAGCCUAUCUAUUCUCUUGUAUCAAUUUCUUAUCAUCAAUUCAUAAAUCAAAUUCAUAAACAAAGUGUUAUAAGUGGUAUUUAGAGACAAAGUUUCUAAAUGACCUUGUGAUUACAAUCAGUAAAAGAAGAAAGGGCAGAUGGCACUCGACUUGCAUAAUUGGCAGAAGGUCUGAAAUCACUCUGCAAGUCUAUUGAGUUACAAUUUAAAACGCUGGAAACUGAAGUCUUGGCCCUCAAGAAGUAAUCAGAUUCUGUAGUGCAGUAGCCGGUGGCCUUGACUAUGGAGCUACAGAACAAGAGGAGUGGCUGGGUUCGUGGGGAAUCAUCUUCAGGUGGUCAAGGUCAGCAGCCACGCUCGGACCAAGAGACACGGCAGAUGAUCGAAUGAAGUUCUGAUCGACUAGACAACGAUGACAUGAUGCGAAGCUCAUUGCUUCGAUGCUCCGUUUUAUUGAUAGUACUAUGACGUCCUUGACCGAGAUGCAUGAGCAUGAAUUAGUCUAAUAAUUACCUUAGUUUUACAUCUGCUUAGAUAGCGCUCUCUUUCUAGUACUCUUAUGGUUGUAGACCUUUUAGACUUAUGAUCUAACCUAAACAUAUAUUAUGUUCAGUUUAUGAAAUAUAUUUUAAUGUCUUGGGAUAUAGCAUUCUAGUACCUUAUGAAUUGCUAAAGGACAAAAAAUAUUUGCUGCAAAUAUUU